AUGGCCAAAACUACAACCCUCAAGGAGUUCGAGUCAGUCUUCCCCAAGCUGGUCGACGAUCUCCUCGACCAUGCAAAGAAGUACAACCUCCCUGAGCAGUUUGUCAAGUGGUACAAAGCUUCUCUCCAGGCCAAUGUCAUCGGUGGAAAAUGCAAUCGCGGCAUGUCCGUUCCCGACUCCGUCUCCCUCCUCCUCGAGAAGCCGCUUUCAGAAGAACAGUACUUCCUAGCCUCAACUUUAGGAUGGAUGACCGAGCUUCUGCAAGCCUUCUUCCUUGUCUCCGAUGAUAUUAUGGACACCAGCAUUACUCGUCGAGGUGCGCCAUGCUGGUACCGUCAACCUGAGGUCGGAAUGGUUGCUAUUAACGAUGCAUUCAUGCUUGAAUCCGCCAUCUACACUCUUCUCAAGAAAUACUUCCGCUCCCACCCUGCAUACGUUGACCUCCUCGAACUCUUUCACGAAGUUACAUUCCAAACCGAGCUUGGUCAAUUGUGUGAUCUCCUCACUGCUCCUGAAGACAAGAUCGAUCUAGACAACUUCUCGAUGGAAAAGUACCGAUUCAUUGUUAUUUACAAGACUGCCUACUACUCCUUCUACCUCCCGGUUGCACUCGCUCUUCACCAACAAAAUAUUGCCACCCCGGAAAACCUGAAGCAAGCGGAAGACAUCCUGAUCCCUCUCGGCGAAUACUUUCAAAUCCAGGACGACUACUUGGACAACUUCGGUCUCCCAGAACACAUUGGCAAGAUCGGUACCGAUAUUCAAGACAACAAGUGUUCAUGGCUCGUCAACCAGGCUCUAUCGAUCGCUACUCCCGAGCAGAGAAAGAUCCUCGAAGAAAACUAUGGUCGCAAGAACAAAGAUAAUGAGGCCGUGGUUAAGAAGCUGUACAUUGACCUGAAGUUGGAGCAAAUGUACAAGGACUAUGAAGAGAAGCGUGUCGGUGAGAUCAGAAAGAUGAUUGAUGAGGUUGAUGAGUCUGGGGGCUUGAAGAAGACUGUUUUCGAGAGCUUUCUGAGCAAGAUCUACAAGAGAAGUAAGUAG